AUGUUGUCCAUCCUCAGAAAAGCGCGUCUCAAGGACAAGGAGAUGCGCAUCCUUAUGCUAGGUCUUGACAAUGCUGGGAAGACGACGAUAGUCAAGAAGAUUAUGGGUGAAGACGUCAACACAGUGAGCCCAACUCUGGGCUUUAUCAUCAAGACCAUCGACUACGACGGGUAUUGGGUCACGCCCUCCAGUCGGGACGUUGGAGGCCAGAAGACGCUGCGCUCAUAUUGGCGCAACUACUUCGAGAAGACGGAUGCGCUGAUCUGGGUUGUCGACGCCACUGAUCGAUUGAGAAUCGAAGAUUGUAGAGAAGAGUUGCAUGGUCUCCUCCAAGAAGAGGUUCGUCCGCCUUCCAACGACCUGUUUGGAGCAGGCGCGAUCCUGGCGUGCUAA